AUGGCUUCCGUUCAGAACGCUCCGGCGGUUCAGCAACCGGGGAUGCCAGGACUAAAUGCCCAGCGGCAUCAACAGCAGGCACAAAUAGUUCGAGAUGCUCUCAAUAAAAUGAAACAGAUGAAAGAGCAAAACGUGUCCGAGAAAGAUCCCGAAUAUAUCAAAGUCCUUACCAUUCUCAAUGGGCUCAAGGCACAACAACAGAUGUUACAGAACCAAAAGGCUGCUUAUGCUCAAGCCCAACAGCAGCAGCAGCAAAAUCCUAAUCAACAAGUUAAUCCUUCGAGCGCGACAAAUGGCACAAACGGCACACGCGCACCAACUCUCUCAAAUAAUAAUGCUCCCAAUGCUACUCAAACUCCCACCUCCACACCACUGGGACCUUCCGCCAUACCCACAAGCUCUGCAGCACCAAUACCCAAGGGCGCAGUUCCUCGAUCGGCGCCUGUUGGGAGUGGAUAUUUUUCUGCUCAGCAACUUAAUACCCUCAAACACCAAAUAUCAGCCUUCAAAUGUCUCUCAAAGAACAUGGGCAUCCCAGCGCAGCUCCAGCAAGAGCUGUUUGCGUCCCAGCAACGAAAAAAGCUAUCGCAAGGUCUAGACCACCCUCUCAUAGCAGCCCCUAGUUCUACGGACGAUGCCAGCUCGACAAACAAUGGCGGGGAAUCAUCCAAAGGAGAGGCGGAGCUUGUACAGAAGAAGCACGAGUAUACUGGUUUUGUAUCACCAUAUACGCAGCUCACCAUUCCUAUGCACUAUUCCAAGCACAAGGUCCGCGACCUACGGCCUACGAUUCCCAGCAUCAUGCCAACCGGUGUUGACUUUGAAAAGCUUCGUAAUGAGAGAGAGAUUAUAAUUUACAACCGCAUGCAGGCUCGAUUGACUGAGCUUAAGUCUUUACCUGCAAAUAUCGCACAUUUAGACGCAUCAAGCGAUGAACUCGUCCCCGAUGACUCUGUAAAACGAAAAGCUUUGAUCGAGAUGAAAAUGCUGGGACUUUAUCAGAAACAGAAAGCCAUGCGAGAUAGAAUCGGACGCUCAAUUGUGCAAUACGACAACCUUGCUAUGACCGCAAACAGAAGCCAUUACCGACGAAUGAAGAAGCAGUCACUACGGGAAGCUCGCAUCACAGAGAAGCUUGAGAAGCAGCAAAGAGAUGCGCGUGAAAGCAGAGAGAAGAAGAAGCAUUCUGAUUACAUCAGAACAGUUCUUCAACAUGCUCAGGAGAUUGCCACUGCUGCUAAUAAUCAGAAGUUGAAGAUGCAAAAGAUUGGUCGCAUGAUGAUAAUUCAACAUCAGAACAUCGAAAAAGAAGAACAGAAGAGAAUCGAGCGAACUGCCAAGCAACGUCUCCAGGCUCUUAAGUCUAACGAUGAAGAAGCUUAUCUCAAGUUGCUCGAUCAGGCAAAGGAUACCCGUAUCACCCACCUUCUCAGACAAACCGAUGGCUUCUUAUCGCAACUUGCGGCCUCGGUCAAGGCGCAACAGCGAAAAGCUGCUGAGCGUUACGGCGAAGGUGGUGAUUUCGAAGAAUCCGAGGAGGAGGACGAGGAGGAGGAGGUCGACACCCGCAAAAUUGAUUACUAUGCAGUUGCGCAUCGCAUCAAGGAAGAGGUCAAUGCGCAGCCAUCUAUUCUGGUUGGCGGUACAUUGAAGGAGUAUCAAUUGAAGGGUCUUCAGUGGAUGAUUUCGCUUUACAACAAUAACCUCAAUGGUAUUCUAGCCGACGAGAUGGGUCUCGGAAAGACAAUUCAGACAAUCAGUUUGCUCACCUAUCUCAUCGAAGUCAAGAAGCAAAAGGGUCCUUUCUUGGUUAUUGUCCCACUGAGUACCUUGACGAAUUGGAAUUUGGAAUUCGACAAGUGGGCGCCUUCAAUUGUGAAGAUAGUCUACAAGGGGCCGCCGAUGGCUAGAAAGAACCAGCAACAACAAUUGCGGUACGGCAAUUUCCAGGUUCUUCUAACCACGUACGAGUACAUCAUCAAAGACAGACCAGUGCUUAGCAAGAUUAAAUGGAUUCAUAUGAUCAUUGACGAAGGUCAUCGUAUGAAGAACGCAUCUUCUAAACUCAGCGCAACUCUUACCCAGUACUACGCCACUCGCUAUCGUCUGAUUCUUACGGGUACGCCUUUACAGAACAAUCUUCCUGAAUUGUGGGCUCUGCUCAAUUUCGUCCUUCCAACAAUUUUCAAGUCGGUCAAGUCCUUCGAUGAGUGGUUCAACACACCGUUCGCCAAUACUGGUGGCCAGGACAAGAUGGAGCUUACAGAAGAAGAGCAGAUUCUUGUCAUUCGCCGUCUCCACAAAGUGCUUCGUCCCUUCUUGCUUCGUCGUUUGAAGAAGGAUGUCGAGAAGGAUCUGCCUGACAAGACAGAAAAGGUCAUCAAGUGCAAGUUUUCCUCACUGCAAACUCGUCUGUACAAGCAGCUGGUUACCCACAACAAACUCGUUGUCGGCGAUGGAAAGGGUGGCAAGACCGCCGCUCGUGGUCUGAGCAACAUGAUCAUGCAGCUGCGUAAACUUUGCAAUCAUCCUUUCGUAUUCGAUGAAGUCGAGAACCAGAUGAAUCCUCUCAACACCAGCAAUGAUCUCUUAUGGCGUACAGCAGGUAAAUUUGAACUUCUCGAUCGAGUCUUGCCCAAGUACAAGGCAACUGGUCAUAGAGUGCUCAUGUUCUUCCAAAUGACCGCUAUCAUGGACAUCAUGGAGGAUUACUUACGCUACCGGGGUAUCAAAUUCAUGCGAUUGGACGGUACCACUAAGUCCGACGAUCGUUCUGAGCUCCUGAAGCUAUUUAAUGCGCCCGACUCGGAGUAUUUUAUCUUUUUGCUAUCUACCCGUGCUGGUGGUCUAGGUCUCAAUUUACAGACCGCAGAUACCGUUAUCAUUUAUGACUCUGACUGGAAUCCCCACCAGGAUCUUCAAGCCCAGGAUCGUGCGCAUCGUAUUGGACAAAAGAACGAGGUCAGAAUUCUGCGAUUGAUCAGUUCGAAUUCGGUCGAAGAAAAGAUCUUGGAACGUGCCAAAUUCAAGCUUGACAUGGAUGGGAAAGUUAUCCAGGCUGGUCGUUUCGACAACAAAUCGUCCGAGACCGAUCGGGAGGCUAUGCUUCGUGUCAUGUUGGAUACUACGGAAGCGGCCGAAUCUUUGGAACAAGAAGACAUGGACGACGAAGAACUGAACAUGAUAUUGGCUCGUUCUGAUGACGAACUCAUCAAAUUCAGAGAGAUGGACGAGGAACGGGCCAAGGACCCUGUUUAUGGGCCUAAUGCCGGAGCUAAUUUUAUGCCCCGUCUGAUGGCAGAAAAUGAGUUGCCUGAAAUCUAUAUGUCAGAUGGAAAUCCAGUGCCGGACGAGCCAGAAGAGAUCAAGGGCCGUGGUGCUCGUGAGAGAAAGGGUGUCAAGUACGACGAUGGUCUCACAGAAGAGCAAUGGCUGAAUGCUGUCGAUGAUGACGAGGACAGUCCAGAGGCUGCGGCAGCUCGAAAGCAAGCUCGUAAAGAGCGGCGGGAACGAAACCGUCUUAUUAGAUCGGGCGAGAUUUCUGGUGAUAUCGAAGCAUCUCCGCCAGGUAGUCGAGACACCUCUGAGGAGCCUCCAGAGCCAACCCCUCAGAAGAAAGGUCGUGGCCGCAAGCCCGGAAAGGUCGAGAAGCGCAAAGCCGAAGAGCUGAGCGAAGAGGAACGACCUGCGAAGAAGAACAAGCGCGGUGGGCCAGGACGACCAAAAGGUUCGGCAGCGAAUGGCAACGGUAUGAGCGUUCAGUAUCGAAACACUCUUCAGGCUAGUCUAAGGGCCAUAUACGACAGUCUGAUGAAACUAGAGUCCGUCACCGAAUCCGAAGGUUCGGACGACGAUGAUGACGAGGAAGGAGGCAAACGCCUGAUCAUUGGCCCUUUCAUCGACCUGCCACCCAAAAAGCUCUUCGCCGAUUACUAUGCAAUCAUUCCAGAACCUAUUGCGAUGAAGCAGAUCGAUAAGCGCAUCAAGAAGGAAGAGUACUCGAGCCUGAACGAUAUGCGCAAAGAUAUCAAGUUACUUGUUGCAAAUGCAAAGCAGUACAACGAGGACGGCAGUGUAAUCUUUGUUGAUGCCGUUGCUAUUGAUAAUGCUUUCGAAUCCAAGGUCGCUGAUGAGAUCGCUGAUCAUCCGGAACUGGGUGAAGACUCGAUGAAUGGCGGCUCAACCGCGCCCACGACCAGCGCGGGCACCCCAAUGCCGGCAUCAGCAGCUAAACUAAAACUCAACUUCAACAAACCCAUGGCGAAUGGUGGAAGCAGUGGUGUACAGAGUGACGACGAGUAA